UAUUUGCUGAUGAUCCACCGCCUCUAGGAUCCAUAUGCGUAACCGUUUCCAGACACCGGUUGACGUGAUAGAAUUCUCAUCAUUCAAUAUCUCAUAUAUCAACGAACAAAACGCCGCAGUUUCCAAAUGCAAGACAGAGGAAAACUUGUUGUUGCUGGUCAAUAAUACCAAGGACAAUCACUUGAGUCGGUGAACAGCCCUCUUAAUAGCUGACAGGAGUGUCUGUCUGCAUCUGCAUCCUUGGUGAAUUCCUCCACCGUGUCGCCGCCAAGGCAGGAGACCCGCCGCUUGUCUCAACGUUGUGAGGUACUGCCGACGACACCAUGAGCCAGAGGUUUACAGUGACAGCCUUUUCCAAGAGCGACAUGUCAGACAUCCAGGGCGAGGUGAACCAACUGUUCGAGGGAGAUGAACCCACGCCGAGCUAUUCAAAUAAAGAGGUGUCUUUCAAUACGGAGGUGGUGGUCGUGGAAGGUGAUGGGAACCCCAAGGAGAGCAGCCCUUUCAUCAACAGCAGUGAAGCCACAGAGAAGAGCCAGCAAUACGAUGGCAAACAUAUGGCUCUGUUUGAGGAGGAGAUGGAGACCAGUCCCAUGGUAUCGUCUAUGCUCAGUAGUCUGGCCAACUACUCUAACCUCCCCCAGGGCAGCAAGGAGCACGAGGAGGAGGCCGACAAUGAGGAGGAAGACAAAAAGAAGAAGAAACCUGUCAAGGCUCCAGCGCUGGGGACCCUGAUGGGAGUGUACCUCCCCUGCAUCCAGAACAUCUUCGGGGUGAUCCUGUUCCUGCGGAUGACCUGGAUGGUCGGCAUCGGAGGAGUCAUUGGCUCAUUCAUCAUCGUCUUCAUGUGCUGUUCCACUACCAUGCUGACUGCAAUCUCAAUGAGUGCCAUUGCUACCAAUGGAGUCGUGCCAGCUGGAGGAUCCUACUACAUGAUCUCCCGUUCUCUGGGGCCUGAGUUUGGGGGUGCUGUGGGCAUUUGUUUCUACCUCGGGACAACGUUCGCUGGGGCCAUGUACAUCCUGGGGUCCAUCGAACUCUUACUGAUCUACAUCCUCCCCCAGGCAGCCAUUUUUAAGAUGGAGGGUCUGGAGGGGGCCGAGGCGGAGGCGGCGAUGCUGAACAACAUGCGUGUGUACGGCACUAUUGUGCUCAGUUUCAUGGCCACGGUGGUGUUCGUGGGGGUCAAGUACGUCAACAAGCUGGCCCUGCUUUUUCUAGCCUGCGUCAUACUCUCCAUCCUGGCCGUGUAUGCCGGAGUCAUCAAGACAGCCAUCGAACCGCCUGACUUCCCAGUCUGUAUGCUUGGGAAUCGCCCGCUGAUCUCCAAAGGGUUCGAUGUGUGCGCCAAAACACUGGAGAGUGGCAACGGCACAGUCACCACCAAGCUGUGGAAGAUCUUCUGCGAUACUCCCUUCCUCAACGCCACCUGUGACGAGUACUUUGCCAACAACAACGUGUCCUUCAUCCAGGGCAUCCCUGGGGUCAUGAGCGGCAUCCUCAAAGAGAACCUAUUUGGGAAUUACCUGGAGAAGGGCAAUCUGGUGGCCAAGAUCGGGAUUGCAACCGUGGAGGGCCCCGAUGAUACUCUGACCAACUCCAACCGCUAUGUCCUGGCUGACAUCACCAGCUUCUUCACCCUUCUGGUCGGCAUCUACUUCCCCUCCGUCACAGGGAUCAUGGCCGGAUCCAACCGUUCUGGAGACCUGCGUGACGCGCAGAAGUCCAUCCCCAUUGGCACUAUCAUGGCCAUCACCACUACCUCACUCGUGUACAUGUCCGCUGUGGUCCUGUUCGGUGCCUGUAUCGAUGGAGUGGUACUAAGGGACAAGUUUGGAGAGGGAGUCAAUGGCAACCUGGUCAUUGGCACCUUGGCCUGGCCAUCCCCGUGGGUGAUUGUAAUUGGCUCCUUCUUCUCCACCUGUGGAGCGGGGCUUCAAAGCUUGACGGGCGCCCCGCGUCUCAUGCAGGCCAUCUCCAGGGAUGGUGUCGUGCCCAUCCUACGGGUGUUUGGCCAUGGGAAGGCCAAUGGGGAGCCCACCUGGGCCCUGCUGCUGACCGCCUGUAUCUGUGAGAUAGGGAUCCUCAUUGCCUCCCUGGACGCAGUGGCCCCCAUCCUCUCCAUGUUCUUUCUGAUGUGCUACAUGUUUGUGAACCUGGCCUGUGCCUUGCAAACCCUCCUGAGGACGCCUAACUGGAGGCCACGCUUCAAGUUCUAUCACUGGGCCCUGUCCUUCCUGGGCAUGAGUCUGUGUCUAUCGCUCAUGUUCAUCUGUUCCUGGUUCUAUGCCAUUGUUGCCAUGGUGAUCGCUGGCAGUAUCUACAAGUAUAUUGAGUUCCAUGGGGCGGAGAAAGAGUGGGGUGAUGGGAUACGAGGCAUUUCUCUCAGCGCCGCCCGAUAUGCUCUGAUGAGGCUGGACGAGGGGCCGGCGCACACCAAAAACUGGAGGCCUCAGCUGCUGGUGUUGGUCAGUACGGACGUGGAGCAGAAUGUGGAGCAGCCUCGCCUGCUCUCGCUGACCAAUCAGCUGAAAGCGGGCAAAGGGCUGACCAUUGUGGGCACUGCCUUGGCAGGCACCUACCUGGAGAACCACCCCCAGGCCCAGCGGGCAGAGCAGUCUCUGCGUAAGCUGAUGGAGACAGAGAAGGUGAAGGGCUUCUGCCAGGUCACCAUCUCGUCCAACAUGCGCGACGCCACCUCCCACCUGCUCCAGGCCAGUGGGCUGGGCGGUCUCAUGCACAACACGGUGCUGGUCAGCUGGCCACGCAACUGGAAGCAGGCUGACGACCACCAGACCUGGAGGGACUUCAUCGAGCUGGUUAGGGAGACCACAGCCGCUCACCUAGCCUUGCUGGUACCCAAGAACAUCGCUGCCUUCCCGUCCAAUGGAGAGCGCUUCUCAGAGGGCCACAUUGAUGUGUGGUGGAUUGUCCAUGAUGGAGGCAUGCUGAUGCUGCUGCCUUUCCUUUUGCGCCAGCACAAGGUGUGGAGGAAGUGCAGGAUGCGCAUCUUCACCGUGGCCCAGAUGGACGACAACAGCAUCCAGAUGAAGAAAGACCUGACCACCUUCCUGUACCACCUGCGUAUCGAUGCCGAGGUUGAAGUGGUGGAAAUGCAUGACAGCGAUAUCUCAGCCUACACCUAUGAGAAGACCCUGGUAAUGGAACAGCGAUCGCAGAUCCUCAAACAGAUCAACCUGACCAAGACGGAGCGAGAGAGAGAGAUCCAGAGCAUCACAGACUCAUCCCGCGGAUCCAUCCGGCGUAAGAACCCGGCAGCUGCAACCACCCAGAUGAGUGUGACCGAGGAACAGCCCGGGGGGAGCAGCAAGGAGGAGGAGAAACCCGAGGAGGAGGUCCAGCUUAUCCAUGACAGCACCAGCCCGGCCAGUCCCAUCAACCCGGCUACCCUGACCCCGGCCACCGAAGGGGGUGCCCAGACCCCAGGGUCUGCCCAGGUCCAGAUGACCUGGACGGAAAAGGCCGAUGGUGAGCUGGCCAAGCCACCUGGCGCCUCCACACCGGAGGGUAUCAAAGACAUCUUCAACAUGAAGCCUGAGUGGGAAAACCUAAACCAGUCCAAUGUGAGACGCAUGCACACAGCACUGAGGCUGAAUGGUGUCAUCGUGAAGAAAUCCUCAGAGGCCAAGCUGGUGCUCCUUAACAUGCCCGGGCCGCCCAAAAACCGAGCGGGCGAUGAGAACUACAUGGAGUUCCUGGAGGUCCUGACUGAAGGUCUCAACAGGGUUCUACUGGUUCGCGGUGGCGGUCGUGAGGUCAUCACCAUCUACUCUUGAGAGAGCAGCCCCCCCCCCCAAGUCCCUGAUCCCCCCUUCCAUUUGUUUCUGUCAGACACUCCGCUCACACCCAAGCAAUACCCCAUCUCACCUUGCGUCUCUUCAUGCUAUCUUCUGUUUGCCUUAAAACACAGUCUCACACACACAAACACAGAAUCUAUUCAGACUAGUAGGAUGCUAUUUAGAUUACCUCACACACUUUAGAGCCUUUUUCCGGUCCUAUAAGAUGUCAGAGGUAGCCUCUUUUAGCUUCAUAUCCAGACCACAUAUCAUCUAGAGCAGAUGGCUCAGAGACUUCGCCUCCCUGUCCGUGACUCAAAUAACCUACAAAGGAAAGGUUUAGUCCACUUCCAAUUCACCCAGCAAGAUUAUCAAUCAGUACUCUGAAAUGAAAUAGCGUGAAAUACUGCCCUGUGCUGAUUGCAGGUAGCCAUCACUGUCCAGUUCCACACCCUUUGUGCUAUUCAUAGCUGCCUAUUGGUCAAUCCACUGGUCACUUGGUUAUGGAGUCAAGGAUACAGAGGGUUAGGUGAGCUGGGUUGUUCAGUGUGAUGUGUGUGUCUGUGUGUGUUUAAGGCUGCGUUUGCACAGGUAGCCCAAUUAUGAUGUUUUCUUCAGUAAUUGGUAUUUUGACCAAUCAGAUAAGCUCUGAAAAAGAUCUGAUAUGAUUGGUCAAAAGACCAAUUAUUGGAAAAAAACAUCAGAAUUGGGAUGCCUGUGUAGACGCAGCUUAAGCGUCUCAUUCAUCCGAUUGUGCUUUGUUAUGAGGGGAUGUUUUAGAGUGCCAUCGAUUUGGAGUCACCUACCUAUCAACAUGGAGUAGCCUAACGCAAGACUGAACAGUGGUUAGUGGAGGAGGAUGAGGAUGUUGACGUUGUGUAGCUAGUCGUGUAUAUAAGACCCUGCGAAACCACAGCGAAGAGAGAAUACCAAAAGACUCCUGUGGGAAACCCUGUUCAUUAAGUGCGGAGAUGACCACCAUCGAGAAAGACUGCUACCCAUGGUCAUGGUUUGUGGUUUGAAGAGAACUUGGUCAUUCUUUUAAUCAGGGUAAGUUGUGGACGAAGGAACAAAGUUUGGAGGAAGAUGGGAGAGAAACGAACAAGCCUCCGUGAUGACAUAGAUCGUGCUCUAUGAACUUUGACCUCAUCUUGAGUACUCUGCAACAUGUCGCUGUACUUUGUUUUUGCUCUCGCACUGUCAUCAUAUUUAUACUUCUCCCUUUUCCCCCUUUCUAAGUGUCUAUGUGUCCCGUCUAGAUCCAGCCACUGUUAGUGCCAAAAACAACAAGGCUCGCUUGACUUAAGAUAUUGAUACGUUGUUAAACUGUGAGGAGCGUUCUUAGCGGAAAGGUCGUCUGACAGAAAAGCAGGGGCUCUUUCUCAAUGUUCUUUCCUUGAUUCCUACUAUCCCCUUUGCUCGCCUCCUUGGACAGAGGAGAGACAAAGAAUCGAGGAAAGUCAAUUGAAAAAGAGCCCCUGCUCUUAUGUCAGACGACCUUUCCACUAAGAACGAGAAACUGAAAAGAGACAGGGAAAUAUUAUGAGCAGUGAGUUCAUCAUUGUCAGACACCCACACCCCUUGACCCCAGUGUGGAUCACUGUAAAUAGUGUAAAAGCUCUGACGCGUUGUUAAUUAUGAGUGUAGUAUGUUUGUGACUUACUAAAAAGCUUCUAGUGGAGAAAAUGUUCCUUCUCUCAAAGGGUCGGUUCAAAACUGCUUUUGGAUGGCUUAGGCUCCUAUCACUAUGGUAACUGUCACUGUAUCCCUGACGAGUACUGCACCUGCACUGUCCCCCACUGUGCAACAGGUGAUUUAAUGAAUUUACCAGUUCAUUAAAUGAACAUUUUUCCACCUAGAAAACAAAAUGUUGUUUAUGUUUAUAGACAAAAGUUAUGCAUAUUUAUAUAAUAGAGAUAUAAUUUUAAUUAUCGCAAAAAAAUAUAUGUUGUUUUGCCAAAUUUAGAUAUGUUUACAUGUGCCAUAUAAAAAAAAUAUUUUUUAAAUGAAAUCGAUCUAUGAAAGUCUAAUAUUGAUUUAAAUUACAGAGUACAAAUUGUGCAUUAGGUUGAAGGGUUAGUGUGCAAUUAAAAAAUAAUAGAUAUAAAAAGUGAUGGAAUGGAGAAGGGUUACACAGCUAUGAAACUCACCCCUUCCGUAACACUGAACCCUAUGCAGUAUAAUCCAAAUAUGUGAUUUCGUAUCCACAAAAUUGGCACAGAUUUGAGCCAAUAUGUAUGGCCCUGACAAUGAAUGGAUUAUUAGCUAAUUACAACAAAGACGUAUAAAGUGCAUUUUGAAAGGAAUGUGCAAUAGCUGAAAUUUGGUCUCACAUAUUCAUGUUAUUUUUUUACUCAUCUAUUUUGUAUGUAGAUUUCAUAUGUAUAAGGAAUUUAUUAAUAUAUCACAAUGACAACCAUCAUCAUGUAUUUAUUUUGUGUUUUGAAAGUCACUUGCACUUGUAGUGGAACUACGAAAAAAUAUAUAUAUAAUAUAUAAUAGAGGGUUCAAAACAACAAAUUAAACUAGUUUAUAGAGCUGUUGAACCCAGUAUUUAUGUUUAAAGUGUUGUUUGAAAGUCACUCAUAUGUUGUGAAUUCUGCUAAUAUUAGAGUUAUUUGUAAAUGAACACAUCUAAAGGAACAUACAAAAGAUAUCAGAAAAAGGGUAGGCAUAUAUAGAAAUACAUAUCAAUGCUGGUGAUUUGUCUCCUCCAAGACUUGACCCGGCUUUACCUAUUAACUAUUGACCUGAGAGUCUUUCUGGACAGGAGUCAUUUUCAGCUUUGGAAGAGAACUUUCCUGAAUAUAUUAUACGGUAUCUUGAGGCAAUACUUAUACCAUUAUGGUGCAAUGUGUUUGGGAGUCCGGGGGCAGUCCCCCCUCCCCAGUGCUUUUUUAUUAUUUUCACAAAUGGCACUCUUGAUUAUUCCAUCCUCUUCAAUCCACAUUUAGUCUAGAGAAACUCUUAGCCCAGACUGCAACUUUGAACGUUUUAUCAAGUUGAAUUGACAACAAUCGUGCAAUAAAGUGUUGUUAGAACUUAAAGAUAGUAAAGUUCUUUGUUUUACAUUUUGAUUGAUGUGUGAAAUGUUAACUGCAAUUCACUGGUAGUUCUCUGCCAGUUACAUCAGAUCUCUUACUAGAGCAAACUCUAGCGACUGGUCUAGCCACUGCUAGUUUUUACAUAUGGCCAAUAUAUGACUACAACCAUAUGACUCUCUCCUAUUAUUACACCAUUUGAUUAAUAGACACUUAUAUCAACUUUCAAAAUACUUGGCUAUUUUGGAAUUUUACUACAACAUUGCCUGCAUUGACUGAGCCUUUAAUCUAUUUAUAAAGAAAAUAUCUCAAAUGUUGGUGAAAAAAGGAUUUAUGGGAAAUUAGUUUGUUUGAAUUUCCAAUGUGUUUUAUAAUUACUGUUUGCAUGGUCUUAUGUGGAAAUAUUUGUUUCAGUGGUAUAUGGUGUGAUGACUUAUAUGUACAAGGCAAGUGGUUUGGAAGGGGAGUGUCCUCCAUCUACACUAGGGCUCCCUUUGGGGGUCUGUGAUUAAACUACAAGACAUUGCUUUGGUCACAGAAAAAACAACUUGAGAAUGAUUGCCUCGUGGUUACAUAGUUAGACAUUGAAAACAAGUAUUUUGCAAAAAAAAGUAUAAGUUCACAAUAUUGUUGUCAAUCUUGCUAAAUUAAUGUUGCGUAACGUAAUAUGAGUUUAUGCGUUGAAUAGAUGGGCCUGAGAGAUGUUCCUUUUGCUUUGUAUAUAACACUGCAGUCAAAAACAGUAGCCUAUGGCGAUGUUUGUUGUCCUUUGUUGUACACUGUUUUAUCACUGUGGACAAAGUCUUAGCGUUUUGUAAGAUUAUGUGCAAUAUUGUUUUUUACUUGGGGAAUCAUUUUUCAUUUGGUUGUAUAACAUUGUUGUUUUUCAUUAGAACACAUUAACAACUGACAAGUUGGUGGUGUGCUCAUUAGAAUGUUUAGAGCCAGGUCUUAUGGACCAUAAAGUUAUUUUGUGUUCAUCUCCUCUGUGGUGGGUGAGACAGAAAAGCACUUUAUCUAGAGCUAACACUUGUUGUGAUUGAAGGUUAGAGGACAUAAUCAGUGUUUAAUAAAAACUAACUUGCCCAGUUUA